UGGCUUCGUAUAUGGCAGCGCAGUCGAACACGAACACAAACGCAACCUGCAUGCUACGCAGCUUCGGGUCGUGCAUAGGGGGUUCCUGACGACCGGGUCAAACGCGUCGUCGCCAACUUCAUGAGCAACGGCCAAGAUUGCUUGUGCCUGAUAGUGACAGGAGGUGUACCUUUCCAAGUUCCCAUCAAUCCAACUCUCGCAAUCUCCCUUCCUAAAGCAUGCAACCAAUCUGGAGUCCCAUUGAAUGCAAAGCCACGGCUAGCCCUGUUCCAGCUCCAGCACCAAGGAAUUCAAACCCUGCUGCACCAAAUAGAUCACCUCCUCCUUCAAUUCCUCAAGGCUGAUAUAGCAGCCUCCACCCCCAAAUCGCGAAAACAUCACAGCACACCACACUUUGCGAUUUUUCUCCAAGCAUCGCCAAUCUCCGCGAAUUCGCCCUCCUCUCCGUCAUUUCGCCCUCCAUUCAUCAAUCGGUGCUAUUCUUCCCCAGAUUCAUAUAUUUUCUUCGGUGUUUGGAUUUUCUAGGAUUCAUACCGGACGCAUCCGAGUUGAAGGAAAUGUCUUUUAAGCAGACAAGCUUAUUGCGUCAAUUGAGGAUUGAGCUGAAUGAUGAGCACGAACACAACAUAUAUGCUCAGCGGGCUCGUAUCUACUGUCUGCUAUUACUUGGUGGUCUGAUGAUCCCGAAUGCCACCGGAAAUAAAAUUACGUUCUUCUACUUGCAAUUUUUCAUGGAUAUAGAACGGUGUUCUACCUAUAGCUGGGGUGGUGCGACGCUUGCUUGCUUGUACCACAAUUUGUGUGAAGCUGCCGUUGCUAAGAGGACGGGUGUCGGGGGAGCCUUAACUCUAUUACAGCUGUGGGCUUGGGAGAGAAUCCCAAAUAUUAGACCGAGGAUGCUAGAUCCCGUGCAUACAGACUAUCUACCAUGUGCAAGCGCGUAAGUUGUUCACUAAUUCAUUUUUUAAGCUUUAUGUUCAUCAGUCUUCGUGUUAUUCGCUCAUAAUUUAC